UUGUUUUCCCGGAAAUGUUUGGUUGGCAUUGGCAACGUUUUAGCCAGCUCUAUCAUCGUACAGUCUCUGAAUAAAGAUAUCCACAGGAGCGAUUAUACACGGGACAGAGGUGAGGACUUUUGAACGUUUGUAUAUACUUGAAUUCCACUCACCACAGAGGAGCGAGGAGCAAGUACAGACUGCAAACAGAAUGACCAGCUCAUCAGCUCCCAGGAUGGUGAACAGUUACAAGAGGACUUCAAGCCCCAGAUCUCCUACUAACAGCGGGGAGCUCUUUACCCCAGCACAUGAAGAAAACGUGCGCUUUAUACACGACACCUGGCAGUGUGUGCUCAGAGACAUAAGAUCAACACAAAAUAGUGACCGGAAUGACCGUGGACCACAGGAGUAUGUGGAGAAGAACCCAAAUCCUAACCUACAUUCUUUCACACCAGUGGACCUGAGUGACCUCAAAAAACGCAACACACAAGACUCCAAAAAGUCCUAGUCUUUCUCUUCAUGACCCUGUUUAUUUUUUUUUGUUUGUUUUGUUUUGAUUUUUGUUUUUCUUUUCACCCAUUAUCCUUUGGAACUUUUCCUCCAUCAGCCCUCUGUCAGCCAGAAAGUUAGCCUUGUUGGCCAGUCUAACACAGAAUGCAAAUCUAAUUUCUAAACUCUGGACCACAGCAACCCCUGCCCGUCUCUUCCUUUACCCUCGAGUACUGACUAAGACGAAAAAGAAGUUGGAUUUCUCCCCUGCUCGCUCACUUCCUGUUUUUUCCAGUCGCAUUCUUUAUGUGGACAGGACCGAUGCCAACGUUCAUCAAAAUUUGCCGACUUUGUAUGUCAGCUUUUUUUUGUCUCCACAGGACGCAAAAGACUGCAGUCUUAAACAAGAUACUACUACUACUACUAAUGUGACAUGGGAGGAAACUAUGAAAGGGCUGACUUCUAAUUUGUAGUUUUAUUUUGUUUAUCGUUGAUUGAGCAAUUGUAGAAGUAAUUGAACUGUCACAUUGGACAUACACUUUAUGGGCGAGUUUUAAAAGCCAAAACACAGUGUAAACAAAGCCAACAUUUUUAUUAUACAUUUUCUUGCCCUUGGUCGGACUUUAUUAAGUAGAGGGCCUCCCCAAGUAUGCUGCCCUUGUUAAACCCUCCCUACCCAAAGCCUUGAAACAAAAUGUUGAAUAAAAGACUUUUACAUUAA